CUCAGACGGAGCCGCACGUGGCAAGACUGACGACCGGCUCCUCGGCCCGCACGAGCUGCGUGAGGGUCACGUCGGCGAUACGUGAGGUGCACCUGACUCUGGUGCGCUCGAUCCCAGACCAACAUCCGGCGGUACACGGCAGACGGCACGGCAUGCGGCUCUCCGUCUGGCUGGCGUUCGCGGUCGCCCUCGUCACAUUCCAAAGGGCGGCCCCGCUCAGCUGCGCCCCCUGUCGCCCGGAGCAAUGCAAGCUGCGCAGCCCCAGAUGCAAGUACGGCGUGGUUAGGGACACGUGCUCCUGCUGCGUCACUUGCGGCAAGGGUCCCGGACAGCUGUGCGGCGGGCCGUGGGACUCGGCCGGCCGCUGUGGCCACCACCUGUACUGCAAGAAGAGGCCGCACCACCGCGAGCCGUACGCCGAGUUCAACGCGCUCGGCAAGUGCCGGCGGCCGCAGGCGGCGCGCCAGCUGCCGCGCGACGACGACGUCGUCUUCCCGGACGCCGAGCACGUGCAGCAAGACGAGAUGGAGCGGGCGGCGCGGCACGAGGCGGGCGCGCUCAGUCUCAUCAGCCCGCUCCCGGCCGCCUAGACGGGCCCUUCGGCCGGACAGAGCGAGACUGAGGCUGGCGGGCCGCCUAGACCGGCCUGAUAAGCCGACUCCUGGCCGUCUAGGGCGCCGCCACCCAUCUGAUCGGCCUGCACUCGGUCACCUAAAACGGCGCCGUCCGCCUGGUCGGUCCCCUUGUCGUCUCCACACGGUUUCACUGCCUGCUCCUAUUCCUCCUCCCCCAUGAAGCCUCUUCGCAACACCACCGCGUGUCGUCGGCUUCUCUAGUGCUGGUCGACUACUG